CCCGUUAACCGCCGGGAAACAACCCUCGGCUUUUUGCUCCUCGUCCUCCUCUCGCGGGUGAAAGGCCAGGUUUGAAGCGUUUGCUGCCCCUCGGGUGGCUUUCCUUUAGGAGGAAGCCCGGUGGAAAUCAGAAUCGUCAAUAAUAAAACACGCGAGGGAUGGACGGGUAGGAUGGCAAGUCUUAGGCGCUGGCUUGAGAUCGGUGGGCUCGCUGGCCGGUAAAAUCUGCGGUGUGGAUCGAGCCUCCUCUGCGCUCUGUAGGACGACGGCGUUGAAGCACCGAUUUCCGAAAAAAAACAAAAACCCACCCAUAAAAAAGCGAACAGUUGCUGCUGCAACUUGCUAUUUUUUUCUCUCUCCCCCCUGUUGGAAUCACUGAUGCGGCUUUCAGCAGCAUAAUAAAAUGGCUAAUCAGGUGAAUGGUAAUGCGGUACAAUUAAAAGAAGAGGAAGAACCAAUGGAUACUUCCAGUGUUACUCACACAGAACACUACAAGACACUGAUAGAGGCAGGCCUCCCACAGAAGGUGGCAGAAAGACUUGAUGAAAUAUUUCAGACAGGAUUGGUAUCUUAUAUUGAUCUUGAUGAGAGAGCAAUAGAUGCUCUCAGGGAAUUUAACGAAGAAGGCGCCCUCUCUGUAUUACAGCAGUUUAAGGAAAGUGACCUGUCGCAUGUACAGAAUAAAAGUGCAUUUUUAUGUGGAGUUAUGAAGACUUAUAGACAGAGAGAGAAACAAGGAAGCAAAGUACAGGAAUCAACAAAAGGGCCAGACGAAGCAAAAAUUAAGGCUUUGUUAGAACGAACUAGUUAUACUUUGGAUGUGACCACAGGACAACGGAAAUAUGGUGGUCCUCCCCCAGAUACUGUCUUCUCAGGAUCUCAGCCUGGCAUUGGAACAGAGGUUUUUGUUGGAAAAAUUCCUAGAGACUUAUACGAAGAUGAAUUGGUGCCACUCUUUGAAAAGGCAGGACCCAUUUGGGACUUGCGACUCAUGAUGGAUCCACUUUCUGGACAAAACCGAGGCUAUGCUUUUAUCACAUUUUGUACCAAAGAUGCAGCGCAGGAAGCUGUUAAGUUGUGUGAUAACUAUGAAAUCCGACCUGGAAAACACCUUGGUGUAUGCAUCUCAGUGGCAAAUAAUAGGCUAUUUGUUGGAUCAAUUCCAAAAAAUAAAACAAAGGAGAAUAUACUAGAAGAAUUCAGCAAAGUCACAGAGGGUUUAGUUGAUGUAAUCCUAUAUCAUCAACCUGAUGAUAAAAAGAAGAAUCGGGGGUUCUGCUUCCUUGAAUAUGAGGAUCACAAAUCAGCAGCUCAAGCUCGACGCCGAUUGAUGAGCGGGAAAGUGAAAGUCUGGGGAAAUGUUGUGACAGUGGAAUGGGCUGACCCAGUAGAGGAGCCAGAUCCAGAAGUCAUGGCAAAGGUGAAAGUUCUAUUUGUGAGGAAUUUGGCCACUACAGUGACAGAGGAAAUAUUGGAGAAAUCAUUUUCAGAGUUUGGAAAGCUGGAAAGAGUGAAGAAAUUAAAAGAUUAUGCUUUUGUUCAUUUUGAAGAUAGGGGAGCAGCAGUUAAGGCCAUGAAUGAAAUGAACGGAAAAGAGAUAGAGGGGGAAGAAAUUGAAAUAGUGUUAGCCAAGCCUCCAGAUAAGAAAAGAAAAGAACGCCAAGCUGCCAGACAAGCCUCUAGAAGUACUGCGUAUGAAGACUAUUAUUACUAUCCUCCACCUCGUAUGCCACCUCCUAUUAGAGGCCGAGGUCGUGGAGGGAGAGGCGGCUAUGGCUAUCCCCCAGAUUACUAUGGCUAUGAAGAUUAUUACGAUGAUUAUUAUGGCUAUGACUAUCAUGACUACCGUGGUGGCUACGAAGAUCCUUACUAUGGCUAUGAUGAUGGCUAUGCUAUAAGAGGAAGAGGAGGAGGAGGAAGGGGUGGGCGAGGCGCACCUCCACCACCUAGGGGGCGGGGAGCACCACCAUCAAGAGGUAGAGCUGGCUAUUCCCAGAGGGGGGCACCCAUGGGACCACCAAGAGGAGCCCGGGGCGGGAGAGGGGGCCCUGCUCAGCAGCAGAGAGGACGUGGUGCUCGUGGAGCGAGGGGCAAUCGUGGGGGCAACGUGGGAGGCAAGAGAAAAGCGGAUGGGUACAACCAACCUGAUUCCAAGCGCCGUCAGACCAACAACCAGCAGAACUGGGGCUCGCAGCCUAUCGCUCAGCAGCCGCUUCAACAAGGUGGAGACUAUGCCGGUAACUAUGGUUACAAUAAUGACAACCAGGAAUUUUAUCAGGAUACAUAUGGGCAGCAGUGGAAGUAAGACCAAUAAGGAGGGCAUGGGAAUAUUGACAAGAUAAGAAUUUGGCUAUAGUUUUACAUCCUUCCAAAAAAAAAAAAUUGGCUUAUUGUUUCAUCCUUCAAUAGUGAUUGGCUGCCAUGUGUAUUGGGCUGAAGAAUCACUCUAUUAUGUAUAUAUUCAAGUCUUUUUUCCCCUCCUUUUCUCAUAAAUGCACUUGGACAUUACUGAGCUUGCAGAUUUCCCAAACAUAGUUUGGGGAUACAAUGCUUUUUAUCGUUUUAGGCUUCAUUUUAGCAGUUUUAUCAGCAAGGAUGGGCAACACUGUUAAAUCAUGAUUUUUGCAAACCUUCUGUUUUUGGACAGUUUCUUUUCUUUCUUUUUCCCUCUUUUCUUUUUGGAUUUGGGAUAGAUUACGUAGGCUUCUGCUGUACAUAAAAUAAAGCUAGUACUUUGUCUCCGUAGUUUUAAAGAAUUUAAAAAAAAUUAAGUUUUCUUGUAUUGAAAAUAACAUGAUUGUAUGUUUUGCAUUCCUAGAAGUAGGUUAACUGUGUUUUUAAAUUGUUAUGACUUCACACCUUUUUGAAAAUCUGCCCUACAAAUUUGUUUGGCCUAAACGUCAAAUCCGUGGCAAUUUGUUCCUUGAUGUGAUUGUAUUUCCAAUUUCUUGUUCAUGUAAGAUUUCAAUAAAACUCAAAAACCUAUUCAAAACAUUACCUAUUUCAAAUUC